AUGGGUGGAUUUUUGGUCGAGCCGCCAGACGUUGAUGAAUACCCCUCUUUUCCAAUUGAUGCCGAACAGCUUUUCCACUUAAUUAAAGAGGAUAUUGUGGAGUAUCCAGCAAUUACGGAGGACGAGAUUGAAGAUAAAAGCAAAUCUGACGGCUUAUCUCGGUCGGUCUCCUCGCAGAAUGGCAUGGAUUCUACUAACAUUCACAGGCUGAUCACGGUAGCCCAAGCGCUCUGGUUCGUUGUCAAUUGCAUCUUUAGAUGGGCGCAAGGCAUAUUUGUUACCACUCUGGAACUCACCACGCUUGCAUUCAUCCUCAUCUCUCUGGUCACAUCUCUCUGCUGGUAUCACAAGCCAAUGGAUGUCGGAAGCGCAGUCACGAUCAAACUAAGAGUCCCGGUGGACGAAAUCAGAUCGCGGAAAGGAGCCCCCGAGAAAUGGUACCAAACGCCGUUAGAUUUCUUGUCGCGCGACGAAUGCUUUCUGAGUGUGUUGUGGCAUUACUACACGCAAAUACUACAUAAUAUGCGGAUUCCGCUGUUCACACGACCUACAAGGAGGCCAUACGACUACAUUCCAAGCCAUGACUUCGUCAAUAUUGACGUGCUAUCGGAGGUCGUGUGCGCCCCGACAAUAAUCCUUUUUUCGUGUUUGUUUAUCGUCGCAUGGAAUUCCGAAUUUCCAUCGCCCACCGAGCAUCUUCUUUGGCGUAUCGCUAGUAUAUCUAUGCUUGUCUUCGGCCUUAUCGGCGGCUUAUUCUCCGUUUACCUCCACCAUGUCGUCUUCGGGAAAGAAAGGAAGCAAGCACGGGAGAAAGGCCUUCCCACAGCCAGCAUCCAGCAGGAAAUACCGAAGCAGGGAUUCCUGCAUCAAAUUGCCUCACGGUUAAGGAAUAUCGACCCGGAGGGAGAUCCACAGCUGGAUGUCCCUAUUCGCGUUUUGAUACCUCUAUCUUCCCUCUGUGCCAUGUAUGUCGUCGCUCGCUUAUACAUACUGGUUGAGGAUUUUAUAGGUCUGAGGCACCUGCCCAAGUCAGCUUUUCAGACGGUGGAGUGGGCUGAUUAUGUGCCUUAUUUGUAG